CGUUUCAAGUAGAUAUUUUUUCUUCGCGACAAAGAAAGCUCCUUUUUUAUAUUUAAGACAAUUAAAUUAGAUUGAAUUUUCUUGGCAUCAAUUUAUAAUGAUAAUAAAUAUUUCCCGGAUCGUUUUAGUUAUAUAUUAAUGACAACUUCUUCAGUGAAAGCACGUUAUGCAUAAUAGUGACUUGUUCGGUGGAAUUUACACUCCCAUUCCGCAAACGACGAUAACCGAUUCUGAGAGUGAGGAAGACAUUCACAGCGCUGCACUUAGCUCCCACAAUCAACAAUCGGAAGCGCAAUUCGGAAAGAGCCUGGUAACGAUGAAUGGCAGCGGUGGUGGGCCGAUCGGUAAAGGCAAACUAAUUUUCCUGCCGGCAUCGAACAGAUCUGGCAUACCAGGCGGACAGCCUCAGAGUUUUUUGGUUAGCCGAGAAAAUGGAAGUGCCAUUUGCAACAGUCUGUACAAUGGAUUACCGAGCCCAAGUGAUGUGGAGGAUGCCAGUGGGGUGUUCCACCCGGAUAACGUUGCAAUAUUACAAGACAAUGGAUCAGUAGUGGAGAGAAAGAUGUCCUUUUCGAGAAAAUGUUGCUUCAUUGCUUCGCUUGCAGUCUGUUUCUUAUCGUUGGUUGUGUUUAUCUGGGUGAUUCCUUGUUCGGAUGAGCUCGCGUGCCCAGCCGGAUCGGAAAGAAUCAGGACCCAGAACUGGAUUAAGAACUACGAGAAAAUAGAACUGAAGGGGGUGAUCAACGUGGUUGAGGGAGUACGGGGCAAAAGUAAGAACUUGGUGUUUAUGUAUCGUGGCGAUAAACUAUUUCCAGAGUUUGAAGAAUCGUACACACGACGGAACGGGAUAAUUUCACUCGUAGGCAGUACCGGACAAGUGGCUUGGUACGAUCAGAUGAUUAAUGAACCGAAAAGUAUCGACUGCACAUUGAUAGAUGCGGACUUGAGUGGUUCUCCCGAUUGUCUCAUCAUGGAUGAGUACGGCCAGCUAGAAUGUAUUAAUCCACUGUCGGGAGAAUGGAUCUGGCACUCACCGAUUUACGAUCGUAAAAAUAUACUGAAGCAAAACGAUCUUCUGGAUUUCCCGCUAGUAAUUCCGGAUGUGGAUGGAGAUGGAGUGUUUGAUUUGUUUUUCAUCACAAGCUUUGGUGAAACGAAGCACAAUAAGUUCGUGAUGAUUUCCGGUCGAAAGGGUCAAUUGAUCGGUGAUUCAUAUAUUGUGAAGGAGUGCAUCUACGUUCAUAAACUGAUGAUAGACGCCGAAUUUAACGUUAUGUUCAAUUGUGUUCGCGAGAAAUCAGAACAACAGAGGUCCAAACCCUUAGCUGAACUAUAUAAACUAAUCAAACGAAAAGCUCUGGAUAUGAAAAAGAUUAAAAAGCAGGUGAAUCUUCUACAGCAUAAAUUCUACGGACAACGAAAGAACACCGAGAAACAAAGAACUAUCACGUAUGUUGGAGGUAAACAGUUGGUUAUCGAAAACCGUGGAAAAUGUCCGGAUAACUGUACGACUUCGGUAUUACUGACUGAAAGAUCAACCGGUAAAUUACUGUGGAAUGUAUCGGGAAGACAGUUGUAUGGAAUGCAACCGGUGCGACUGACAUUUAAUAACUUUGCUGCCGACAAUCGUUCCACUAUCUACGGGUUUGUUAUUAAAUUUUGGGAAUGGAGCCAAGAGGAACCCGAUAAUAGGAGCACUCGCAGUAAGCGCGAAACCAGUUCAUUGAACCCUUUCUCAAACUUAUUUGUCAAGAAACAGACAUGGGUGCUUCCGGACGAAAGUUCCCUGAAGGAUUCCACCGAUAAAGUGCGUCGUAGUGUAAAUCAAACCUUGCGACCAGGAGUCUACAAAACUCGCAUGCGCUAUUUGAAAGAAACCGUGAAGUUGAUCGUUUUCAACUCCACUGAUAUCAAAAUCGAAAACACUAGUCAAUCCAAUGUGAUACAAUUCUGUCGGGAAAGUAUGAAAGAUCCUUCGGACGUAAUCUGUCAACCGGAUUUAAAUUAUCAGGAGAACUCUUUGUUGAUUGCUGAUUUGGAUGAGGAUGGCUCGCAGGAGUUAGUCUCUUACUACUCGACCUUUGUGAAAGCUGAGCCCGAAGCUGGAGAACGCUCGGGCAUGAAAUUGAAAACGUUUGUACAACUGUUGCGUCUCGAGUCUGAACUUCCGAAGCUUUAUAAUACGAUUGAGUCGAUCAGAAAUUGAGCGAUGCUGAAAAAAGUCAUUUCCAGUACUGGAAACAUUAUUGUGUGAUCUCGUAUCUAGUCAGUUGAACGCAUACUCAGACUUAGUUUAGUUGAAAUACAGUCAUUCCCAAUGGAUCUCGAUGUUAGAAGGAGGUUGCACUUCUGUGAUUAGAAAUCUAGUCCAGGAGAUUCAACGUUCCUAGGAUACCGUAGUUAUUGAAUAGAGUGUGACGCACGUAGUCAGGAAACAAUUUUAAACCAAUCAUCACUAUUGUUAAUUAUUUAUAUUGCACUUCGCUUGGGUGUACGACAUGAAAACAAACCAAAUAAAUACUGUACUGAGUACUUGCAUUUAGUACCAUACGCUU